AUGUUAAUUUCAGAUGACCUUACCAAAGUUAAAUCUUUAAUUGUUUCAUUUUUCUACAAUGACUUGAAGCCAUCAAACCCCGCACUCUUAAUUGAUAUUAAAAAGUCAUCAGUCGGGCUAAAUAUUCAAGUGUUUUCAU